UUCUUUCUUCCUCUCUCUUUCAGUUCAUCGUUGCAAGGGAUGCUAAUGUUGGUCAACUGUUCCAACAACCACGCGCCGCUGCAGCUUCCGCCGGCUGCUAAGUCCAUACGCUGCGUCCUCUGCCAAGCUAUCACCCUCAUAGCCGACCCUCGUUCCCUACCCUUUCGCCCCUCCUCUUCUACCCACACACACGCUCCUCCGUCACCUUACAACCACGCGCCACCCGGACCCCCACCGCAGGUUCAUGGCCGGAAGCGCGCUGUUAUUUGCGGCGUGUCUUAUAAAAACACCCAGUAUGAAGUUAAUGGUUGCAUUAACGACGCCAACUGCAUGAAGUUCUUGCUAGUUCGUCACUUCAAUUUCCCCGAAUCCUCCAUUAUUACCCUUACAGAAGAAGAAACUGAUCCCUACAAGCGCCCGACGAAACACAACAUAAGAAUGGCGUUGCGUUGGCUUGUCCAAGGUUGUCAGCCUGGAGAUUCCUUAGUGUUCCAUUACUCUGGUCAUGGCUCACAGCAAAAGGAUGACAAUGGAGAUGAAGUGAACGGAUACGACGAAACCCUUUGUCCGUCCGAUUUCGAAUCUCAGGGAAUGAUCGUCGAUGAUGAAAUCAACGCCACCAUCGUUAGGUCUUUACCGCAUGGUGUUAAGCUUCACGCCAUCGUCGAUGCUUGCCAUAGCGGCACCGUGUUAGAUUUACCGUUCCUCUGUAAAAUGGACAGGAAGGGGAGAUAUGUUUGGGAGGAUCAUCGGCCUCGGACCGGAAUGUGGAAAGAACAAACGGUGGGGAAGUCAUUUCCUUCAGCGGAUGUGCCGACGAUCAAACAUCCGCAGACACAGGCCUUAUCAAAGAUUACUUCUACCGGUGCAAUGACUUACUCCUUCAUCGAAGCCAUCAAGCGCGGGCAUGCAACCACAUACGGUAACAUGCUGAGCGCGAUGCAAUCCAACAUCCGUAACGCAGAUGACGGCGGUUUCGUUACAUCUCUUAUCACGAUGCUAUUAUCCGGAGGGAGUCUGGGUGGCGGAUUGAGACAGGAACCGCAGUUGACACUGAGACAAGAAAAGCAUAAUUUGUAGGCACAACAAGCCAAAU